AUGGUUCUUGUUCAAGUUGUUAGCUUUUGGGAUAAGUUUUCUCCUUUCUAUAGUGAUGUGAAAACAACGCAAGCAAACCAUUUUGAGGGCCUUCACUCAAGGUACUCAUUUAGAGUGUUUCAAGAGGAUGAGGAUGAGGAAUGCAUGGCUAGAGAUGGAUGGAGGGAGUUCACAGGAAGGGAGGGAAGUCACAGAAAGGGAGAGAGGGCAAUGGAUGGAGGCUGGUGGUGUACUCUUGCUGUUGUACUUUGUAUGGAGAAUAGGGAAAAUAAAACAUUGACAAGUUUUUGCUAUUGGGGCGGAGAACGGAAGGUAAAUGCCAAUGGCACCUUCUUGUACAACGGUGGGAUGUGUGUAGCAGUUCUACUUGAGGAAGGAAGUCAACUCAAUGAGUUACGUGAGAAGGUUUGUGGUGCCCUUCACAUUAAUUUCGAAGGUAAAAUGUUUUUCUACAACACGAAGAGGGACAAGACGAAGUAUGUAACAUUGAAUGACGACAAUGGUGUUGCAAUGUUGUUCCACUUGAACGAAGAUGAUGUCGACUUAUUUGUAGAAGAUUUAGGCCAGAAUAAUGACCCUAUCCACAAUACCGCUUACAAUUCAACAAGGGAAUCGAUGGUCACUGACAAUAGUAGCUCGCCUGGAGGAAUACUGGCAAUACCUUCUCCCAGUCAGGUGACCAAUAGUUGUAGCCAAGAGAUGGGGUUGGUGCCAUACUUGCCGGACAAUGCAAAUGAGAUUUUAACUGGGAAGGGUCAACUAUUUGAAAGCCCCGACCUUUUCAAGCAAUCAGUGUUACUAUUUGCUGCAUCCAACAAGUUCAGCUUCACUUAUUUGGAUAAUAGUAGAGCCUACUAUCGAUUGGUAUGUAAAGUACCAGGGUGUCCUUGGAAGCUAACUGCAAAAUGUGAAGGUUCAAGUGAUUUGGUUCGUGUCAUCAUGUUAAGGAAUGAGCACCUACACAAUGCAGAAGAUGCUAGUAAUUAUAAGUUGACCUUUCGCAGUAAACAAGUGGGGUUGCUUUUCAAAAACCGAAUUGUGGACAAGCCUGAAUAUUUGCCGAGGGAUAUUUGCAAGGACUUUGAGCAUGUGUUCCAAUGUCGUCUGAAUUACAGUCAAGGUUGGAGGGCGAAAGAAAAGGCUAAGGAAGCCAUCACAGGACCUCCUUCGAUGACUUUCCACCUAGUCCCAUGGAUGUGUCGGCGGCUUGUUCAAGCCAUACCAAACACUAGGGCAAUAUGGACGUCAACAAAUGAAGCCAAGUUCAAGCAACUUUUUGUUUCUUAUGGUUGCUCCAUUGCAGCAUUCCGAUCAGGUUAUCUAAGGCCAGUUUUGAAAUUGGAUGCAUGUUUCUUGACCGGAUACUAUCGGGGCCACGUUCUAUCGGCUAGUGCACAUGAUGUGGACGAUGGGUUGUACCCCCUAGCAUAUGCCAUUGUGUCUAGUGAGAAUGAUGAAGACUGGUUAUGGUUCUUGGUUAAUCUUAAGGAAGUUCUUGGAGGAUGUCAAGUCGUCUUGGUCACCGAUCAGAAUACUUCUUUGCUCAAUGGUAUAAGAAAGGUUUUUGGCGGGGAUUGUAAUGCAUGGUGUCUCCGUCACCUAAAGGAAAACUUUAGCAAGUUUGCCAGCUCAAAGGGGUUGAAAGCUGAAAGAGGAAACACGGCUCUAAAGGUGGUUAAUGAUAUUGCGUACGCAAGGACGGAAGACUCAUUCAAGUAUCAUUUAGCCAAGUUGUAUGGAAUUUCGGAAUAUCUAUCAAAAUGGGUGGAAGAUAACAAUCCAAAGCACUGGUCUAAUGCUUUUUUCCCUUACAAGAGAUGGGACAAGAUGUACACGAACCUUGCUGAAUGUUUCAAUUCUUGGAUAUUGCCAUUAAGGGAUUUGGACAUCAUACAAUUUAUGACGGGACAUGUGUCGAAGACCACUGAAUUGUUGCUCCGUAAGCAUACCGAGGUUAGGAAAUGGAAAUUGCCGGUUGGCAAACAAAUUGAGAAGGAAAUUAAGAAGUCUCAAGAAUAUGCUCAGAAAUUUACGCAUCGAAACUCUUCGCCUACCGAGUUCAUUGUCGCAAAUGACACUAGAAAACUUUAUGCAAUCAAGCUGAUCCCUCGGCAUUGCAGUUGUCUUGCUUGGCAGAUGUCCGGAAUUCCUUGCGCUCAUGCUACUCGUGCUAUUCAAAGCUCUGGAGAUGCAAAUGGCGAUAUAUGA